AUGCCCCAUACUUCAUUGAAAAUCGACGGAUUUUUCAACAACGCUGCAGCCCCCCUCAAAUCCGCCCUCAAAUUCGCCGCCCUCAAAUUCGACGCCCUCAAAUUCGACGCCCUUAAAUUCGCCGCCCUCAAUUCGCCGCCCUCCUCAAAUUCGCCGCCCUCAAAUUCGCCGCCCUCAAAUUCGCCGCCCUCAAAUUCGCCGCCCUCAAAUUCGCCGCCCUCGCCGGGCUAUGGCAGCUUUGAUGACCUCUACAAUGCCGUGCAAGGAAUCAACGCCGCCGGAAGCAGCUGCGGCCGUCAUUGCAUCGAUUGA